GUGAGUUUAGCCACCUGCUAGCUCACAAAAACGCAACAUUUCAGUUCGAACAUGUCGACACAAAGAGGCACAUACGUGGAAUCUGUUCAAGAACAAGGUCGGGGACAGGAGGAGAUUCAUUGGGUUGAUCAGCCCUAGCUUCCCAACGAGGGGGACUGCAAUGGAGGCAGCGAACCAGGUCCGGGUGAUGAGGGGGAUGCUUCGGAACCAGUCCCCAAUGUCCGACAUGUUCCCAUACGAUGGCGAGCGAGGCGAUACGGUGAAAGUGCUAGUCGAACCCGACCACUGUACUCCAGCGAAACGCGAAGCGCGGUGUUCCUUGACAGUGAAAGCGCUACAGCGCUAACUUUACAUGACGUGGCUAAUCGCUGUUAGCUGUUUUUGAAAUGAAGAUACAUCGGACAUGACAAAGCACAUCCGGUUGUACUCUUCAAAAUAAAACAACUCGUGCGCGCAUUGGCUUUUUUAACUCUUUUAAUCCAUCGAUAUAGAAUCAACAAUGUAUGUUUUUCACUUCUUUCUAUACCAUAUAUGAAAAAAAAUGUGCCAUACCGAAAAUAAGGAUGACAUUGAUUUAUGCACCGUGGUUCCGUACUUUAUUUUGAAUGCAAAGUUGUAUGGACGGGAAUUCAUCACAUUUCAUCAUUUUGGUAAUGUACUUCUACAAAGGAAAAAGUUUCACCCCCUCAAUUCGCGCGAAAUUAUGACGUCACAUUGUGUUUUUAGAAUUACAGUUCGAUAAGAAAAGGUGUUUUACGUAGUUGCUUUGUGACGACAUCCUAAGUCCAUCUCUGUAACUGUUGAUUGGUCCGCUGAGAGCCUACACUCCCUUGUAACACUACAUCUCCCAUCAUGCACCUUCUGAAGCUACUUUGUACGCAAGUACUGUGCGACAGGUUUUCUGUUUUCGAGACAGAUCAAAAACCGUCCAGACGGAAGCCAGAGCUCAAACUACUUUCUAAUCUUUCAACUUUCUCGUCAGCUUCUUUAACCUAUUUUCUUAAACGCAACGGUUAUCAUAACCGACCAGGCCGUGAGGUCGCAUUUGAAUACUGCAGUGAAUUUUAAAUUUCGCGCUGUUUCCACCACCAGUGAACAAGUUACCAGGCUUUCUGAAAUGACUGUUUAAUGCGCAAUUCCCCGUAACAAAUGGAAGUGACAGAUAUCGGGAACAAGGAGGAGGGGAAGAUAUGGCAUCGAAAACCAACACCAGGAAAAAGGGUGCUGGCCAGAGUGGUUCGCACCGGUCAGAAGUCCAGGAUUGUCAGGUUUCUUCAUGUGGCCUUUGAUGGUAAUGGAGAGUCCUUCCUGGCUGGUGAUCACCAUGGCAACAUGUACAUUUUUGACAUUAGCAGAAACAGAUUUUGUCUCGUGCAGAGGACAGGACAACCUUGCACCGCUCUGGCCUACAACCUGCACAGACAGAAGGAGUUCCUCGUGGCCCUUGCCGACAACAGUAUCAAGUGCUUUGACAAAGACACAAAGCAGAUGGUCAGCUGGAUGCAGGGCCAUGAGGGAACAGUUUCGUCAAUCUCGGUCCACAACUCAGGACGCUCAGCAAUCACCACGUCGUCAGAUGUUGCUCAGAUCUGGGACCUGGACACUUUUGAACGAAAACGGAAGCUCAGUGUCAAAAAAUCUGUUGGUAUUCAAAAGGUGUUCUACAUCCCUCACAGCAACACCAUACUUAGCUGUUUCAGCGACGAUUCUGUUUUUGCAUGGGAGAGUGACACUCUGACCUGCGAAUAUCAGCUCCCUGCUCUGGACUGUGGCCCAAGAAUUUCUUACAGGGCAUUCGCUGUAUCUCGAGACGGCAAAUUGCUGGCCGCUGGAGGGCGCUCCUACUUGCUGCACUUGUGGUGUUUAGAGAGCAAAGAGCUGGUGAAAGUGAUCCAGAUGCCAGAUGAGGUUCGAACUGUAAAACAGCUGGAAUUUCUGCCUGACACCUUUGAUGAAGCAGCUGGUCAGACUCUCGGUGUUCUCAGCCAAGAUGGCUUGAUGCGUUUCAUUAAUAUUAACUCCUGCAAGCUGCUUUUCCACCUCGGUUCCCCCGAUUUGGCCAUCAUUUCUGUGGCUGUCAGCCCGAAUGGUCGCCAUGUUGCUGCUGUUCUGGAUAAUGGCAGCAUCAGUGUCUACAGCAUCCAUGAUCUGACACAAGAAUCAAUCAAGGUGGCAGUAGGCACAGAAGCUCAGGAAUUGUCAAAGCUGCAUGCCAAAGAUAAACCAGAGGUCAGGCAGAGGUCAACCAAGCCCUGGGGAACCACAUCACUGAUGAAGAGAACUAAUCCUUCUGCUGAGGAUAAAGAGGUUACCAAUAAUGUGUUCCCUACUGGCUUGGACAAGGAACGACUGGACGCUUUGCUCAAUGAGUUUGGAGAAUAUCCUGCUAAAUAUAGGAUGUUUUUGUGGCGCUCUUUGCUGUGCCUGCCAGAGAACUAUGUAGCAUACAGCACUCUCAUUGACAGAGGGCUCCACCCAGCCUUUGUAUCGCUGCAACACAAGUACCCCAUAAAAAGCCAGAAGCUCCAGCGAGGUCUUCUCAGAGUUUUGUCUGCACUCGCUCACUGGGCUGCUAUCUUCGGUGAGGUAGAAUAUCUUCCACUGGUUUCCUUCCCUUUUGUCAAGCUCUUUCCGAACAAUCCUCUGCUUUGCUUUGAGGUGGUGGCAACUGUUAUCGUGAAUUGGUGUCAGCAUUGGUUCGAGUACUUUCCCAACCCACCUCUGAACAUCCUGAGCAUGACGGAGAACGUUCUGGCUUAUCAUGACCCUGGUCUUCUGCGCCACCUGCUCAAAUACGGCAUCUCCUCGCAACUGUACGUGUGGCCCCUGUUGGAGACGUUGUUCUCUGAAGUUUUGACUCGUGACGAGUGGCUUCGACUCUUCGACAACGUCUUCUCAAACCAUCCUUCCUUCCUGCUGAUGGCUUGUGUAGCCUACAUUACCUGCUGUCGCAGGCCUCUCCUUCUUUGCUUCCAGAAGCAGGACUUUGAGUAUUUCUUUCACCAUCGGAACAACUUGGAUGUGGGCGCCAUGAUCAAAGAGGCCCACCGGUUGAUGAACAACACACCAAGUGACAUUCAUCCCAAGAUGAUGCUGAAUGACUUUACUCCUCUGGCACAUGGGCAGUACCCCAUAUUCAACCAGUAUCCAGAAUUCAUCGUGGAGUAUCGAAGCCAGGAGAGGAACAAAAUCCAACAGCAGGAGGCAGAGUGCUUCAGAGAGAUACAGGAUGUGUCAGUGCUGCGGUCUAACUUUGUGCGGCGCCAAGCAGAACAGAUGGCAUUUUCCUCACACCAGGAGCUACUGCAAAAGGCAGAAGAGCAACGAAGGAACAUCUUGGCACGAGAGGAAGAAAAGCUGUCUGAGCAGAUGAAGAGGUUGGCUGCCAUGAAGAGAGAGCUGGAGGUGGAGGAGUUGGGGCUGCUGGAUCCCACCAAAAGAAGCUUCCAACAGCAUCAGGAACUCGGAGGCUCGCAGAUGCAAAGAGUGCAACAGGAAAACAGAAGAAAGCGCCUGUCACAACAGCAGGAUACUGAAGAGGACGAGGGGCUGAGGGUGAGGAAGGUUGAUGCAGAGACGUCUGGCUCUAGAGUACCGAUCCAGAGCUCAAACAAAAACAUGCACGCCCGGGAGGAAUGGCCACCCAACGCUUGCCAGCGGAGCUUGGAGUCAGAGCGGCGAGGGGCGAUGGCACCGCGCCUGGAGCAGAGCGAUGCCACUCGGGAGAGACAAGUGGGGGCACUGGCAGGGCUUCACAGGAAAACUCUGGCAGAUCAGGAGAGGCUGGCGGGACAGAAGAGGCAGGAAGUGGCGAGAGCCAGAGCCCCGGUACAAGAGCAAAGCCAGCCGCAGGCUCCGUCAGGCACAAAAGGCCUGACUCAGCAAAGUGAGGUGCCACUGCAUUCACAACUGCCUGCUGCAGCUGGUGCAGGCAGCCCGACAGCUGGACCUUCAACUUCAGCGGGCGAGAGGACCAAGAUGGUGUGUCUCAACAGUUCCACUUCAGAGGACAGCUCCUCCUCUUGCUUGUCUCUGGACCGAGGACGGACGCAGCUGGACACCAGUGAGAGACAACUGCUGAAGGAGAUCCGAGAACUGAGACAGAAGCUGGCGGCCCGAGCCAGGGGUGACUCAACCUCCUCAUCCUAGUCCGUCACCUCACCGUGAGCCGGCAAAGUUCCUGAAGAUGAACUGUUCCUUUUAUUGUGUUUACUGACGUAACGUUUCCAGGCUUUUACUGCUUUUAUUAUUUAUGAAUAGAUUUGUAUUAAAGACGUCCAAUCAAUUUCUUUUCUCCAU